UGCUCCACUUUGGACAUGUUGAAACCAGAUGUUCAUCAUCGGCUGGUUUUGCUUCUUCAGGUUACAACUUUUAAGUGCGGUGGAUUUGCAAUGGGUUUCACCACCAACCAUGUAACAUUUGAUGGCCUCAGCUUCAAGCUCUUCUUGCAAAACCUAGCCUUUGUUGCCGCCAACAAGCCCUUGGCCGUCACCCCUUGCCACGACCGCCGACUCCUGGCAGCCCGAUCCCCGCCACGCGUCACCUUUCCUCACCCUGAGCUACUCAAGUUGCCUCCAGUCACCGACCUAGGGCAAUUAGACCCUAACCCUACUCAUGUCUUCAAAGCCACCGACGAAGAGCUCGUCUUCAAGAUCUUCCGGCUGAGCCCCGACGACUUCUCCGCCCUAAAAGAAAGGGCCAAAUCAGGCGACGGAGACCGUGUGAUCACGAGCUUCAAUGUCGUCACCGCCUUCAUAUGGCGGUGCAAGGCAUUGUCUUGUGACGCAAGUAAUGACAUGGAGAGGCAAUCGAGGAUCCUCUACGCGGUGGACAUAAGGAGGAGAGUGGACCCCCCCUUGCCCCAAUCAUACACGGGGAACGCAGUUUUGACUGCGUACGCGACGAGGUACUAUAAGGAGCUGGAAGAAGGGCCGUUCUCGAAGAUAGUGGAGACGGCGGCGGAGGGAGCAAGAAGGAUGACAAAUGAGUAUGCGAGGUCGGCCAUAGAUUGGGGUGAGCUUUACAAAGGGUUCCCUCACGGCGAGGUGUUGGUUUCGUCGUGGUGGAGAUUAGGGUUUGCGGAGGUUGAAUAUCCAUGGGGGAAGCCCAAAUAUAGCUGUCCAGUGGUGUGUCAUCGGAAGGAUAUUAUUCUGUUCUUUCCGGAUAUUGAAGAUCAGAGAAAAGAUGGGGUCAACGUUUUAUUGGCCCUACCGGCCAAGGAGAUGGAGAAGUUCGAAACUUUAUUUCACAAGUACUUAUUAAGUGGUUGAUAUUUAGGCAAAAAAAAAACAAAAACAAAAACAAAAACAACAACAAAAAAACUUAUGUGGUUGCAGAGAGGAAUCG